UAUAUAAUUUUAGUACGCCGCGUUGUAACUUAUGUUUAAUAAAUAUAUUUUUUUGUGAUUAGCGACAUUUUAAUUUUUUUGAUUUAAACAUGGUGCACCUAAAAUUACAGUUUUUAAUUGUACUAAUUAUUUUGGAGAAUUUUACUUUUGCGGGACCACAAAAGAUUCAUUUAUCAGUUUACUACGAGAGCAAGUGUCCUGACAGUAAAUUGUUCAUUUUAAAGCAAUUACUGCCAGCCUUUCAUCUGCUGCAUGAUUAUUUGAAGUUAAGCUUAAUUCCGUUUGGAAAAGCGAGGAGCAUUAACUACGGGGAUGGAGGGUUCGAAUGUCAGCACGGUUCAGCGGAAUGUUUAGGCAACAUAGUACAAGACUGCAGCUUGCAUCAGAUGAAAGGACAAAGCGAUAAAAAGAAAUUGGCAUAUGUCGUAUGCGAAAUGCAUACCGAAGCUGCUUCACAGGGUAGAUUCGAUUGCGUAGAAAGAUCAAAUCUUUCGACUGAACAUGUCGAGAAGUGUGUGACGUCAGGUGAAGGAACAAUAUUGCAGCUCGAAUCUGAAUACCACACUGGUUUAGUAAAUCCCAAGUUUGUUCCGACCGUGACAAUUAAUGGAGAAUUCAACCAAGAGAUUCAGGACUACGCACAAGUAGACCUUAUCGGCACUCUCUGCUCCCUACUCAUUGAUUCUCAACCAUGCGGGCGAUAUUACAACUAUAUCGCUUUGAAUAACCUUAUGAAUACAAGUCCUAGAAAUACACAUUGA